AAACGAACUGUUAUUCAUUUUAACGAUUUUCUAUCUUUAAAAUCUCGAGAUAAAUAAUAUAUCGGAUAGAUGGCGUUCUUUAACAACCAUAUAACUAAUCUCCUACGGACUUUCCCAGGGAUAUUCGUCUUCUUGCAUAGAUCAGUUUGUUAAUGGUUUUGUAAAUAAAUAAAGUUGUCCUCAAAACAUUUCUACGACUUUUCAAUGAAUUCUGAUAAAGAUAUCCUCCUGAAUGAUUCCUUAGAUGAAGAGAUGCUAAAAUUGGACUCUCCCACAGAAUCAAAGCAAGUGAAAUUAAGUGAAGAGCCCAUUGCAUCAUCAUCGCAAUCGGUAAAACGUGAAGAGGUUAAGACGACACUACCAUCCGUUGGAACUACAACAGCAUCGACCAACAAAAGUCAUUGCAUUCUUGUACAUCCAAAACAGAGAGGAAAUCCCCUCCUCAGAAGUAUAGUAAACGUGCCUUGGGAAUACGAUGACAUUGUCCCGGACUACAUUGUUGGUCGCACUUCCUGCGUUUUGUACCUCUCAUUAAAGUACCACAAUUUGAAUCCGGAUUACAUCCAUGGAAGGAUAAAAAAAUUGGGAAACAUGUUUCAACUGAGAGUACUGCUGGCACAGGUGGACUUAAAGGAACCACAUGCAGCACUUAAGAACAUUACUCGAGUGUGCUUGCUUACUGAUCUCACGCUUAUGUUGGCAUGGUCUCCAGAAGAAGCUGGAAAAAUUAUAGAAUCCUACAAAAUGUAUGAGAAUAGAUCAUCAGAUUGGAUCAAGGAACGACCAGCAGAUGAUUCUUAUACAAAGCUGGUGACUGCGCUGAGCAGCAUUAAGAGUGUGAAUAAGACAGAUUCGAUGACUUUGCUACAAAACUACGGUACACUUGAGAACAUUAUGAAAAGCUCAGAGGAAAGGCUUGUGAGUUGCCCAGGUCUUGGUCCACGGAAAGCUAAGAAGCUGUACAAAUUAUUUCAUGAGCCUUUUUGUACUUAAUCCGCCACCCAAUUUACAACUACACCAAGAUUCACAGCCAAAGCCAACCUUGUAAAGGGUUUUUUGUAACAAAAAAAAGUGUAAAAACACGGCCAGGAUAACUAAUUUCAUAUUUUAGCAAUAAACUAACGCAGUACAAUAAAAAAAUCUGACAACUCCAAAUCAAA